UCGCCAACCCGCGUGGACCGAUCCAAACAUGGCGGCUGGGUUUAAGACUGCAGAGCCUCUCGAGUACCACAGAACCUUCCUGAAAGAAAACUGUCGACCAGACGGACGGGGCCUGUUCGAGUUCAGAACCACGAUAUUAAACAUAGGAUCGAUAUCCACUGCAGACGGCUCCGCGCUCGUGAAAGUGGGAAACACGACCGUCAUAUGUGGAAUCAAAGCGGAGCUGUCAAACCCCACGGCGGAGCGCCCGGCGCAGGGCUUCAUUGUUCCCAACGUGGACCUGCCACCCCUGUGUUCCUCACAGUUCCGUCCGGGACCUCCAGGAGAACAGGCACAGGCUGCGAGCCAGUUCAUGGCCGACAUAAUUGAGAGCUCUGAGGUGAUACUGAUGGAGGAUUUGUGUAUUGAAAGAGGAAAGCUAUGCUGGGUCCUCUACUGUGACCUGCUGUGUCUUGACUACGAUGGCAACCUUCUUGACGCUUGCGUGAUUGCCCUGCUGGCUGCUUUGAAGAACAGUAAACCACUCAAAACACAGUUGUCUAGGAAAUGUGUCGCUUCUCAAAAUGUCCACUUUCCAACAGCUAGGAUCCCUGAAGUCAGCGUCAACAAAGAAACAAGUUCACCUGAAGUCGACUCAAAAAAGAAACGUGGAUUGAAAAUUCAGAGAUGCCCCAUUGCAACCUCCUUUACCGUAUUUGACAACUCCAUAGUGAUCGCAGAUCCAACAUUAGAGGAAGAAUGUUUGUCGACUGCCCAACUCACUGUUGUCACGGAUGAGGAUGAUCAACUCUGCUCUCUACACAAGCCUGGUGGUACAUCACUGUCGGGACAGAAACUGCAGGAAUGUAUCAACGCAGCGACAACACGACAUGAAGAGAUCCAGAAACUCAUGGAUAAAGUCUUCAACAGUGUAAAACCACCACAAUAAAGGAUGUCACACAUAGUGUUUUGGAUCUAAAAGCUGUAUUUCCACUGUCAAUAUAUAUUCUUUUUUUAAUAACAAUAAAACAGACAAAGGUGGUUUAAAAAUGUUUUUCAUGAAAUG